UGUGAUUGCAAUCCCAGUGGAGUGCUCCCCGAGGUAUGCAACCCUGCUGGGAAGUGCCUGUGCAGGUAUGGAGUGGAGGGGGACCGUUGUGACCAGUGUCGCCAAGGCUACCAUUCCUUUCCUAGCUGUUUUGAAUGCGAUUGUGAUAUGUUUGGUGCUUCUAACCCAUCAUGUGGUUCUCGGGGUGAAUGUCUCUGUCGCCCUAACUAUGCUGGGCAAACAUGUAAUGAAUGUGCACCUAAUUUCUACAGCUACCCUCAUGCCUGCCUUGCCAAUGUUCAGCUCCAGGCUCAUUUCAGAGUACAUGUAACCCUGUGACUGGGCAAUGUGAAUGUCGACCAGGGGUAAUAGGACUGAAAUGUGACAGGUGCUCGUCUGAGUUGGAUGAUUAUCCAUAUUGUCAAGGCUUUAAUGGUGAUUGUAACCCCAUUGGGACCAUCAAUUCUCAAGCUGGCCACUGCCAAUGCCUGCCCAGAGUGGAGGGUAUAACCUGUGAUCAUUGCAAGCCACUAUAUUGGAAUAUGGAUAAAGAAAAUCCACAAGGCUGCAUUGAUUGUUCCUGUGAGGUAGAUGGAACAAUAAGUGGAAUAGGGAAUGUCACCAGACUGAUGGCGACUGCCAUUGUAAACCAAACACUUGCAGCACAUCCUGUGGAACCUGUGACGAUGGCUUUUUUUUCCUAGAAGGCAAGAAUUAUUUUGGUUGCAAAGGCUGUCAGUGUGAUGUGGGAGGAGCAGUUGGUCAUCUUUGUGAUGAAUCGUCGGGAAAAUGCUCUUGCAGAAAAAACAUUGAAGGCAACAACUGUAAAAUACCAAAGCAAAGCUUCUACUUCCCUGACCUUUAUCAAAUGAAAUAUGAAAUAGAGGAUGGCUCAAGUUCCGAUGGGAAGGCCAUUCGUUUUGGAUACAACGAAGAGGAGUUUCCUGGCUUUAGUUGGCGGGGAUAUGCUCAGAUGUCAUCCAUACAGAAUGAAGUUAGAAUCCCAGUUAGUGUGGGUAAAUCAAAUCUCAACUUAUUUCGUAUUAUUUUGAGAUACAUUAAUCCUGAAGUGAAUCCUGUGACUGGACACAUUACUGCUUUUAGAUCUCGGCUGAACAAAGGAUCAUUGGAUGCCAAAGAGAUCGUGUUCCAUCCAAGUAAAGAGCCAGCAUUUCUCACUGUGCCAGGAAAAAGCUUUGCCGAGUCAUUUUCUUUGACGCCUGGAAACUGGAUCAUUAAAAUUGUAGUGGAAGGAGUGCUCUUGGAUUACCUUGUGCUGCUGCCAAGUGAUUUCUAUGAAGCGUCCAUUUUGCAGCUAAGAGUUACUGAGCCAUGCAGCUAUAAUGGACUUACCGGUGAAAACUGUCUUGUGUAUCAUAAUUUGCCAAUGGAGAGGUUUAAAUGUGUUCGAGGUCCUGACAUGGAAUACUUCAAACAAGAUGGGAUAAACCGGCCAAUAAUUGUUCGAAAACCAAGCAUCGGGAGCCCACCAGUAGCUUAUAUUUCAGGAGGACAGGUGGAGCUCCGAUUCAGGGUAAACGUCCCCAAGGCUGGAUUUUAUGUGCUCGUCUUUGAAUAUGCCAAUGAAGACCCUCAGCAGUAUAUUCUUAAUGUGUAUACAGCCAGUAAUCCUUCUGCUGCAGCCAGAGUCAGGCUCUAUAACUGUAAAUACAGCUUCUUUUGCCGCAGUAUUGUGGUGGACAGCAUGAAUCGCAUUGCCACGUUUGAGUUGUUAUCCUACGUAGAAAUUCAGGUGACAGCAGCUUCAGUCAGCUUCUUGUUGCACUCAGUAUGUGUUGUUCCCAUUGAAGAGUUCUCUAUUGAAUAUGCAGAACCCAAGGUGCACUGUAUUGCUGCGUAUGGG